AUGAGAUCAACAAGUCAAGAAUUUCGAUGGCGCAUCGGAAAGUCGAAUCAAAAGCCAAGUAAUGUUACUAAUGGACAGAUUGAACAACAGACUUCGGUCAGCCACCAUGAUUUAAUUGAAUCAAAUAGACAAAAGGAAGAGCGAAGAACUCCAAUACGAUUAAAACCGCAACCUAUUUAUAAAGCACUCGCACUGCAUAGCUUUUAUGCGCAGACUACUAGAGAAUUAUCAUUUAAAAAAGGCGAUAUAAUUGUUGUUCUAAGGCGUAUUAAUGAUGAUUGGCUUGAAGGUGAAUUUCAAGACUCACUCGGUAUAUUUCCUCUUAAUCAUGUUGAAUUGUUUCCAAUUCAAAAUAAUGAACACGAAGAUUUCUUAAAUGAUUAUGACAAAGAACAAGAAACACUAGGUGAAGCGAUUGUUAAAUAUGAUUUUAUACCGCAAAAAACAUUUGAAUUACAAUUACGAAAGGGUGAUAAAGUAAUUCUAUUAAGAAAGAUUGAUAGUUAUUGGUAUGAAGGACGUGUCAAUCACAUUGAAGGCAUUUUCCCCGCAGCUUAUGUUGAAACAUUAAGAGAACCAACAGAUAUUUUAUCACAAAAAUCUCAUGAAAAUGAACGUGCUCAAACGCCAGAACGCAUUUCUCCUGAUUUUGAACAAGCACCUAAAGAAAAAAUGAAUAUUAUUCCAAAUUUAUCAUUACCAAUACGAAAAUGUCAAGUACUCUAUGAUUAUACACCACAAAAUCCAGAUGAACUUGAAAUUCAUGUUGGAGAUACAAUCAAUGUACUUGAAAUGUGUGAUGAUGGUUGGUACUGUGGAAUGAUGGAGAAAUCCAAGCAUCCGAAUGCAAUGAAAUUUGGAACAUUUCCAGGAAAUUAUGUUAAACUAUUACCUUGA